CCUUUUUUGGCGUUAUUAAUAUUAAUUAAUUAACAGCCUUUCUAGCAAAACUAUGAAAUAAAUAACGAUUCAAUUUAAAUAAAUAGUGGCCUCUCACCCUCUCUCUUCAUCUAGCACACUUGAAAAUUGUGUUAGAAGAGUUACAAUGGCUACGAGUGAUUUGGACACCAACCCUGCUCUUAAACUGGAUUCGGAUACUCCAAUAAACCCGGAUCACGAGUUUGCAGAGUUCGGAGCGGGUUGUUUCUGGGGCGCGGAGCUCGCAUUUCAACGAAUUGCAGGUGUGGUGAAGACUGAGGUUGGAUAUUCCCAGGGUCACCAUGAUAACCCGGAUUACAAAUUGGUUUGCACCGGAACCACCAACCAUGCGGAGUUGGUUCGGAUCCAGUUCGACCCGAAACUCUGCCCCUACACCAAUCUCCUCAAUGUCUUUUGGGCUCGAAUUGACCCAACCGCUCUCAAUCGCCAGGGAGGUGAUGUGGGUACACAGUACAGAUCAGGAAUAUACUACUACAAUGAAACCCAGGCUCGUUUAGCUCAGGAGUCAAAAGAAGCUAAGCAAUUGGAAUUGAAGGGGAAGGUUGUGACAGAAAUUCUUCCAGCAAAGAGGUUCUACAGAGCAGAGGAAUACCAUCAGCAAUAUCUUGAGAAGGGUGGAGGUAAAGGCCUCAAACAAUCUGCUGAAAAGGGUUGCACUGAUCCCAUUAGGUGUUAUGGUUAAUGAACUUCUAGUAUUACUUACAAAUAAUGAAGUUAUGGUUUAUGCAUAAUAAAGAUAUUGAUUCCAAUUGAAUGUUUAUUGGAAUUGACUAGUCCUUGUGAGAACAAUUGCUAUGGUUUUGGGUUAAAGAUGUGAUGUUCAAAAUUCACUUUCACUUGUGAUUUUCUAAUUAGCCCAAUGUGGGUAUUUCCUGGAA